UUUUCCCACAAAUUUCGCCUUUUUCAAGGAAACGAAAGGGAAAAGCUGAAAAGCGGUCUCAAUCUGCGCCCAUUCCCUUGGUCCUGGACCUUAACUUUUGACACCUUUUGAGUCAUCCAUCAGCUUCUCUCUCUCUCUGCAUUUGGCGGCUUGGAGCAGGAGUACCUAUCCGCACUUAUCAAAUUGACCAAUUCCAGCUUGCUAUCUCUAACAACCGUAUCUCCUUGCACGAGAAGCCAUGUUGCGCGCCGUCCUCCGCCCCGCCUUCACAACAGCGGCCGCAACCGCCGCCGGUGGCCUCGCAUCUUCUGCCCAUGCAGACUACAGGGGUCCAGAGGCUCCCAAUGCUCUCAAUACCUCGCUGGGAGCACUCAGUGCUAGUCAAGCAAAGACUGUCAAUGCGACUGCGCUCGAGGCACACGCAUCCACAUCAGCCGUGGCUCCUAAAUUUGGUCUGGAAGAGGAAUGGAACGUCGUUGACAGAGGAGAGGAUGGGGAGUUUGUGGCUCAGCUGCUGGAGAGGCCUCCCCAGAAAAUUGAGGUCCAGGAGGCUACGAGGGAGUUGGAGGCAAUGUUUGCGAGGGAGAGCUAUGCGGAAGGCGACCAUGAUGACAGCGGUGCCUCCUCGGACACCGAGACCGAGCUGGCCUCUCCUGCCCCUGAGGACAUGGAGGAGGAAAUUCCCUUCUCCCGCACGCGUGGUGUCGACUCAAUCAUGACUCACUGGAGGGACCCUUCUGAGACGGCGGCUAUUGCCAGGAGGCAAUCUGGAGCACGCUCUGUCGUGGCCCGCGCUUUUGAGCUGAUGGAACGGGACCCUGAAGUCAGGGACACUGUUGUGGACCUGGCCACUGAUCCCAACAUUUGGGCGGCUGUCAUGAACAACCAGAGCCUGCGCAACCUGCGUGCAAAGCGGCAGGCUGCACGGAUCCAUGAAGUUGCUGCAAAUGAUCCCCGUGAAGGCAGCGUACAGACCUCCGGCGUCAAGCUCCAGUCUCUAUUCGGCCACAUCAGCAACGGCGUCUCCCGACUGCUCGAGACUUGCAUGGACAUGGUGCAUGGGAUCCAGGCCUUCAUCCAGAAGCAGCUCCUGGGGACCGGGGUUGGCGGAGCUGGGGAGGGGGACUGUGCACCUCAUGACCCGUACUUGCAGGCAGUGGGAGUAAUGGUGGUACUUGUUCUUGCUGUGAUCAUCAUCAAGCGCGCCCCGUAGUUUGGGGGCAGCAAUAUGGGAAGUGUCUUGGGAAGCGGGAGGGGGGGGUGAGUAAGGCUUUGGCUCUGGUCGGCCAUGGCUUUUGUACACUAUCAAUAGUUAUAAACGUAGUAUCAUGGACGGUUGUUGUAUAGUAUUGGGAAUGGUUUAUCAGUCCUAGACAUAGUGGAACAAUGCCUAUCAGGAGAUAAAAAGCAGGUUCCAGUAGUUGGUCGAUACCGUUGCAUGUUCACGAAGGCCAUCAUGGCAUCAACAGAAGUUGCAGAGAAGUAAAGCAAGGACCGAGUUAACCUAUGUGGUUAUCCAAUCGCAUUGUUGCUCGCACUGUACUGUAGGCUGCUAUCACGUUAAGGCAGAGCAUGCAGCGGCCUUCAAUGCCAGCGGCCAAACAUAUGUUUGUCGGAUAUGAUGAGGAUC